UCUUAGUAACCUUUUCAUGUCGAUUUGUUGUUCAUAAAGAAGUACCUGAGAAACUACAAAGGAAAAAUGGAAGUGAGAGUUGAAAAUGGAGGAUCUUGUGAAGUUGGUAAAUCGGGGUGGGGUCAAUCUUUGCCAGUUCCAAGCAUUCAGGAGAUUGUGAGAAGCGAUUUUCAAUCAGUUCCCCAAAGAUACAUUCAUGAAAAUAAGGGCGGGCCAAUUAUUCCCGAGGAUUUGGCUGAUUCUCUUGAAAUUCCCGUCAUAGAUUUCUCAUUUCUAGCCAAAGGUGACGAAGAUGAAGUCCAGAAACUACACCUUGCUUGCAAGGACUGGGGCUUUUUCCAGGUAAUAAAUCAUGGGGUGAAAGAGGAGAUCCUGGAGAAGAUGAAAGCAGCGGUAGCAGCUUUCUUUGAGCUACCAUUCCAAGAGAAAAAGAAAUAUGCAAAGGCAGAAAAUGAAAUAGAAGGAUAUGGUCAAAACUUUGUGGUCUCUGAGCACCAAAAGCUUGAUUGGUCUGACAUGAUUUUUUUAUUCACUUUCCCUUCUCAAAAUAGGAACUUCAAGUUCUGGCCCCUCUCUUUACCAGGUUUCAAAGAAGCAUUGGAAGAGUACUCGAGAGAAAUGCAAAAGCUAGCCGAGGAACUCCAAGCCAACUUUUCAGUAUUAAUGGGGUUGAAAAGAGAUGGGUUAAAAAGGUUACAAGGGGGGGAGCUUAAACAAGGCAUAAGAAUGAAUUACUACCCUAUUUGUUCAAGGCCUGAUCUUGUUCUUGGGAUUAGCCCUCACUCAGAUGGCACAAGCUUCACUUUGUUGCUGCAAGAUGAUGAUGUCACUGGCCUCCAAAUUAAGCACAAUGAAGCUUGGGUCCCUGUUAAACCCAUCCCAAAUUCACUUAUCGUCAACAUUGGUGAUGCCACUGAGAUUCAAAGCAAUGGAAUGUACAAAAGCAUUGAACAUAGAGCCGUAACAAAUGAGAAGAAACCAAGAAUAUCAAUUGCAACAUUCAUGUUUCCAGAUGAUGAGCAAGAAAUUGGUCCAGUUGAAACAAUGAUAGAUGACCAGAAUCGCCCCAAAUUGUAUAGAAACAUCAAGUAUGUUGACUAUGUUAGAGAAAAGUUUUCCAGGAAAAUGGAAGGAAAAGCUCACACUCAAUUUGCGAAGCUACGCGCGACAAGUGAUCACUAAUUUUUUUUUCCUUCAAUUAAAUUGAUGCUACUAAAUUUAAAAUGAAAUAAUGUUGAUUGUUAUCGAUAUUUUUCUGUCAGUUUAAUUUAAUUUUUGAAGAUCAGUGCUAAGUAUAUUAUUAUAUGCUUAACGUUUGUUUUGGAA